AUUGCAGACUCGAACAAUCAGAGUCCCGUGGACCUCUACACCAAUGAGUGCAUGGCGAAUGUAAACUGGGGGAAGGCUUGUGUCGAACCUGUUGGGCUGAGGCCUCUGAUCUUCGAACUCGGGAAGAGCAACACGGACCCCAUGAAGGUCCUACUAAAAGAUUGCGACUGCUUGCCUUGCAACAAUCAAAACAAUGCGUACACUCUUACGCUUCAGAUUCCUGGAGAACCAACGAUGACCUACGAGAACUCAAUCUACACCUUGCGAGAGAUCACUUUUCACACGCCAUCGGAGCAUGCGAUCGAGGGCUCGAGGAAGGCCAUGGAAGUUCAGUUCUUGAUGGAGAGGACAGGAUGCGUUACCAAUGGGAAUGGCCAGUGCCUGACGCCAAACAACAACGAGUUUUCUCGGCUGCAUUACGCUGUCCUCUUUGACACUGGCGACUCGACGCCCCAAUGGGUCUCAAGGAUCGCCAGCGUGGCAUCGUCAGCAAAGGGCUAUGGGCGGAACUUGAUACCGGACCUGCGUUUUCGAGACAUCACUGUCAACAUCCAUUCGCUGCUCAGCACCUACUACAUCUAUGAGGGAUCAAUGACCACCCCUCCCUGCAAGUCAAAGGUGACGUGGCUGGUGAUGAAGACUGUUCUUCCCAUAAAAUCGGAGGACUUGAAAAUGAUCCAAGACGUGCACGUGAGCAACAACGCGAGGACGCUGAGAAACUUGAACGGAAGGAAGAUUUCUGUCGCCGGCACAACACAGUUUUAGCUUCUCGUCUUUCCUUGUGAUAUUAAUUGACCCAUGUCAACCCC